AUGCCUAUGGGCAGGGAGUCUCCCUCAGCCCUGCACUUUUCUUCUACACCUCUUGGCAUCACCCAUUAUUUUGUGGCCCUGGAAAAACUAUUUGGCUUGUGUGAACCUGGUGUCACUGGUGGAGGAGACAAGAUCAACUGGGCCUGCUUUUACACCAAUGACAACACCUACAAAUUAUGGGCACAGAUCCAUGAUGGCAUGGACAAUGCAAACAAGGACUCAUAUGAUGAUUUCAAGAUGGAAAUACUGAAGUACCAUCCUGGUGCAGCAGAUAACAAACAUGGGUAUGCAACUUGGGACCUUGACAACCUUGUUCACAAGUGGCAAUGCCACAUUAAGACCAAGGGUGAAUUUGCUGAAUUCUGCUGGGACUUCUACUCCAUUUCCACCUGGCUCAUCAAGCACAACCAGAUUUCUGUCCUCAACCAGCAAAAGGCCCUCCUCUGCAUACUCAAAUUCCUGCCCACUGAAAGCCACCUUUGGGACAAGAGGGUGAACUGGCUUGAACAGAAAUACAACAGAGCUGUGGACAAACCUUGGACAAUGGCUGAAUUAAAGGAGACAGCAGAAUGGGCACUGGGCAAUACUAUGACAAAGGUUUGA